GACGCCUCGUACAAUUUAUUUGGUCGACCCCUCCUGUCAAUCUUCGACCCUCUUCUUGUUCUUCCAUUCUUCCUCUCCGGCCGACGCCUUCGGUUCUCCAUCCCCCAUCCCCCCCUUCAUUUUGGACCCCUCCCCCUCGCCUCUAUUUGGGAACCCUAACCCUAACACUGACCUUAAAUCUAAGGGUUGGAUCCGAUCGCUUGUUCUUGGAUCGAUGGGAGAGGGCGACGCGCUGGAGAGGUUGGGGCCAGAGGCGAUGGAUACCUCGUGCGUGAAGGGAGAUCUCGGGAUGGAGAUCGACGCGCAGCCGUGUCGGGAGGGCGCCGCGACGGCGGAGGACUGGCGGCGGGCCCUCGCCAAGGUGGUGCCCGCGGUGGUGGUGCUGCGGACCACUGCCGCGCGCGGCUUCGACACGGAGACCGCCGGGGCCAGCUAUGCCACCGGGUUCGUCGUCGACAAGGGCCGGGGCAUCAUCUUGACCAACCGCCAUGUGGUCAAGCCGGGCCCCGUCGUUGCGGAGGCGAUGUUUGUCAACCGAGAGGAGAUUCCGGUCUAUCCGAUAUACAGGGAUCCUAUACAUGAUUUUGGCUUCUUCCGCUAUGACCCUGAAGCAAUCAAGUUUUUGAUCUACGAGGAGAUUCCCCUUACACCUGAAGCUGCUUGUGUUGGUUUGGAGAUACGAGUUGUAGGAAACGAUAGUGGUGAAAAGGUCUCCAUUUUAGCAGGAACUGUAGCACGUCUUGAUAGAGAUGCUCCUCACUAUAAAAAGGAUGGAUACAAUGACUUCAAUACAUUCUACAUGCAGGCUGCAUCUGGAACAAAAGGUGGCUCAAGUGGCUCUCCAGUCAUAGAUUGCCAAGGAAGAGCUGUUGCCUUAAAUGCUGGGAGCAAAUCGUCUAGUGCUUCUGCAUUUUUUCUUCCACUAGAGCGAGUUGUAAGAGCAUUAACAUUAAUUCAAAAGAGUUGGAGUACGUUUGGAAGCAAGCCUGAUGCUGUUACAAUUCCUCGUGGAACACUUCAGGUAACAUUUGUUCAUAAGGGAUUUGAUGAAACUCGGAGACUUGGCCUUCAAAACGAAACAGAGAAGAUGGUGAGGCUCGUUUGUCAUACCGGAGAGACAGGGAUGUUAGUUGUAGACUCUGUGGUGCCUGGUGGUCCUGCUCAUAAAUAUCUGGAACCUGGUGAUGUGCUUGUUCGUGUCAAUGGAGACGUUGUUACUCAAUUUCUUAAAAUGGAGACCUUACUUGAUGACAGCGUAAACAAAGAUAUAGAUUUGCUUAUUGAAAGAGGUGGAACUUCUUUGACCGUUAAGUUGAAUGUUCAGGAUUUGCAUUCCAUAACGCCAAAUUAUUUUCUUGAAGUGAGUGGUGCAGUGAUCCAUCCUCUUUCAUAUCAGCAGGCUCGAAAUUUUCGCUUCAAAUGUGGCCUUGUAUAUGUUGCAGAUACAGGGUAUAUGCUAUCUCGUGCAGGUGUUCCACGCCAUGCCAUCAUCAAGAAGCUUGCUGGAGAAGAGACAUCACAAAUAGGUGACUUUAUAUCAGUUCUGUCCAAACUAUCUAGAGGUGCCCGUGUGCCUUUAGAAUAUGUGAGCUAUGUGGAUCGCCAUCGGAACAAGUCAGUUCUUGUCACAAUUGAUCGUCAUGAAUGGUAUGCUCCUCCUCAAAUAUAUGAACGCAAUGAUAGCACAGGCUUAUGGAUGGCUAGGCCAGCAGCACCAGUUGGUUCUCUUUUAUUAUCUUCAGCUGUUAAUUGUGGUAAAAUAAGCACAACCUCCACUAUGGUAGCACCAAUGGUUGGGUCAGAACAAUUGGAAGAUAAUCAUCAUGACAGCAAUGAAAACCGAGCUGAUGGAUGUAACAGAAUGCAGACUAACGAUGAGAACAUUGUUGAUGAUUCGAUCUCUGGUGAAGGUUUGAUAAUUGAGAAGAAACGGCGACGAGUGGAGGAAGAGUCAAUAGUGGAAGGGAGAGUAUUCUCUAAUGGAGCUUUGAAUGAACUUAAAGAUCAGGCUUUUGAGCAUCAACACAACUUGGGAAAUACUGAGGUUUUACAUGAUCAGGAAGCAGUCAGGAUCAAUGCAUCACUUGCAGAACAGGUUAUCGAGCCCACUCUUGUAAUGUUUGAGGUUCAUGUACCACCAUCAUGCAUGAUUGAUGGUGUGCACUCUCAACAUUUUUUUGGGACAGGAGUUAUUGUACAUCAUUCAGAUACCUUGGGUUUAGCUGCUGUUGAUAAGAACACUGUUGCUGUAUCUGUGUCUGAUGUAAUGCUGUCAUUUGCUGCAUAUCCUAUGGAAAUUCCUGGAGAGGUUGUUUUCUUGCACCCUGUUCACAAUUAUGCUCUUGUUGCUUAUAAUCCUUCUGCUCUGGGGAUGGGUGCUUCCUGUGUUCAUGCCGCUGAACUUCUUCCUGAGCCUGCAUUACGCCGAGGAGAUUCGGUAUAUCUUGUGGGAUUAAGUAGGAGUUUACAAGCAACAUCAAGGAAAUCUAUUGUUACCAAUCCUUGUGCUGCUCUGAAUAUUGGAUCAGCUGACUGCCCACGAUAUCGAGCAACUAAUAUGGAAGUCAUUGAGCUUGAUACUGAUUUUGGUAGUACUUUUUCUGGUGUGCUUACCGAUGAACAUGGAAGGGUUCAAGCACUUUGGGCAAGCUUUUCUACUCAGCUGAAGUAUGGUUGUAGCUCUUUGGAAGAUCAUCAAUUUGUUAGGGGCAUACCGAUCUAUGCAAUUAGUCAAGUUCUGGAGAAAAUUAUCUGCGGGUCACCAGGACCACUUCUUCUCAUCAAUGGCAUAAAGAGACCAAUGCCACGUGUUAGAAUAUUGGAAGUUGAGCUUUAUCCAACCUUGCUUUCUAAGGCCAGAAAUUUUGGACUGAGUGACCGUUGGGUACAGGCUCUUGCCAAAAAGGAUCCAAUUAGAAGACAAGUCUUGCGUGUUAAGGGUUGUUUAGCUGGAUCAAAAGCCGAGGGUCUAUUAGAACAAGGGGACAUGGUUCUGGCAAUCGAUAGAGAACCAAUCACAUGCUUUCUUGACAUAGAGAAUGCUUGCAGGGAACUAGACAAAUGUGAAGCCAAUGAUGGAGAAUUAAAAAUGACUAUUUUACGCCAGGGUCAAGAAAGAGAGAUUGUUGUUGGAACUGAUAUAAGGGAUGGUAAUGGGACAACUCGCAUGGUGAACUGGUGUGGAUGCAUAAUUCAGGAUCCGCAUUCAGCAGUUCGCGCACUUGGGUUUCUUCCUGAAGAAGGACAUGGGGUUUAUGUGGCAAGAUGGUGCCAUGGCAGUCCAGUACAUAGAUAUGGUCUUUAUGCUCUGCAAUGGAUAGUAGAAGUAAACGGGAAACUUACACCAGAUCUUGGAACUUUUCUGGAGGUUGUAAAGGGACUGGAGCAUGGAGAGUUCGUGAGAGUGAAAACAGUUCACUUGAAUGGAAAGCCGCAUGUGCUGACGCUGAAGCAGGACCUUCACUACUGGCCUACUUGGGAACUUAAAUUUGAUCCAGAGACUGCCACGUGGCGUCGGAGAGUGAUCAAGGCCUUGAGUUGCAGCAUAGCAUCAGGAAACAACACAUCAUGUAAGUUGUGAGACGGUUCAUGCCAGAGCCACUAGGAAGUCUUAUCCUUCGAUCACCAAGGGAUGAGGUUGGUGAUUAUGCAACUACAAUAGGUUAUUAAUUAAGAUGGUCCAGUGAGCUAAAAAUUUGUUGUAAAUCACCUCAUUAUUCUAAAUUUGAGUAUAUGUUCCAUAAUUUUCAAUUGAAUAAGAGGCUCACAUCUUAUUGAUACGA